ACCUUUGUAUACAACAAAAGUUUAAUAAGAACAAUUCCGUGUGCAUACAGGGAAAAUACGUUUUUGGGUAGGAAAUGACGUUUUUUCAGACCAAGAGGGACGUUUUCUCAUGCCGAAGACCUGGCAACACUGCUUGUCACCUUUUCACCUUUAAGUGCAUACAACUAAUAAAAAAGUUUUAGCCGAAUCUAAAUUAUUAGAGUCACAAAAUGUGUACGAUUUGUAAAUAAUGACCCCAAGGCCUCUGAAUUUAACAUUAAAAAAGCCGCAUACCUUUCAUGAACACCAGAAAAGUUAACUUCAGCCUAUAACUGCAUUUUUAUUCAGUUGUUUGGGAGCAACACAUUAAAAUAAAUUGAUUUUCAUUGUGAACUUUUAAUUUAUGGCAACUAAAUAGGGGAAUCAAAUUUUUGACCUUAUCUACUGAGAUAGAAGAGUUUUAUAUACAUAUUUGUAUGUAUAUCAAAAAUCCAUAUCUAAACAAUCAGUCGCAUGGCAGAUACAUAUACCAUACAAAGCGCCGAUCAUAAUGAUUUUCACAGUGCAUGAUCGGUAAGUGAAAAAGUCGCAGAAUUUCAUGGUUUAAGCUGCCUAGUAACUAGUCAUGUCAUAACAUGAUGCUAACAUGAUGAUGCCGCAAAAUUUACCGUUUAGUAGCCUGUACUCGCCGAUUAUUAACAUGUUGCCUUUUUAUAUAAUCGUGCAGACCUCUACUGCCUCCAUAAAGGAAUAAUAUCUGAAUAAUCAGUGAUCAUAAAAACUUCCUCAAAGUAAGCGCACAAUUUGCAAACAAAUUUCCGACAGGCCCACAUGACGACAACCACUGCAGUUGCAAUGACGUCGACACAAGGUGUAAUAGAACGGCGCCAACCUAAAGGUCUAACAACUAUUCCAUUCAAAAUUUAGUUCAAUCAAAUUCUAUUAUAAACAAAAUUACGUAUUUAUAAACAAAAAUGACACUCGUGCCGACCACUUAUGACGGUUUCGCGCGUGAACUCGAUCGACCGCGUUACUAUUCACCGUACGAUUUUCAACUCUACCCCUAUCUCUGGGAUGAUACAAGAUUGUGGUGGCCCUCUUCCGAUCGCCUGCUUCGUCCACUAGAUGACCUGGUUACACGUCGGGUUCGCAAUCAGCUAAUACAGUCAUCGUUACUAGAUUGGAGAUAUCCGAUGCGUUGGGAUAACUACUAUGCUGGUGAGCGAGUGCACGUAGAUGAAAAGGGGUUUCAGGUGGACAUCGAUGUGCGCCAAUUUAAACCGCAUGAAAUCGUGGUGAAAACCACCGAUGACUAUGUGAUUGUGCAGGGAAACCACGAGAAGCGAAACGACGGAAAUGGACUGGUCGAACGACAUUUCAUUCGAAAAUAUUUACUGCCGCGAGGAUUCAAUGCCAACGAUGUGAUUUCCAAUCUAUCAUCAGAUGGUAUAUUGACAAUCAAAGCUCCACCUCCGCCACCUACAAAGUACUAUACCCCGAAUGAGCGUUUGGUACGAGUGCAUGAAACAGGUAAAUUGGCGUUGCCCUGGAAAUGAGAAAAUCUAAUAAAAGAAGACUAUUUAUGGAUGUGCAUUAUUGCAAUUAAUUGUGAAAAAAAAAUAUAUAUAUUUAUAUAAUGCGAGAUGUGAGUGCACUUUGAUUCAACGUGCACCAAAAGUCAAAAAAUAGAUUUAAUACUAGAUAUAUAUGUAAACAAACAGUUUGAAAAUUCUACUAAGUACAAAUGCAAAAUAAAUGAGUCAUAAAAGUUUAUUUACGUACUUUUAUAUGUGUCUUAUGUGUGUGUUCUUUAUGCAUGUUGAACGGUGGUAUAUUUUUAAUUAAGUAUGCACAAAUAUGUACACAUUUGCAAUACAUACAUAUAUCCCUACAAGAAAAGCAGAAUGUUUCGAACUGGUGCGAUGGCUCAUCUAAAGCCUAUAUCAGACCAUCGUUUGUACAAUGUACGAGGGAUGUUUCCAAAGAUCAGGGAAUUGUGUUAUAAUUCUGUGUUCGUAUGGAACAGUAGCGUAGUCAAAAGGCUGGCUUUAGUAUACGAGUAAUACUGCAUUCGCUUUAUUCUUUAAACGACAAGGAAUUUUUUGAUGAGACAUAAUAAGAAUAUGGACUUGCUAGUAUGGGAACUAUUUCUGCACGUUUAUUUGCCAAAAGUUCUUCAAUGG